UAGCAGCAAUCUAGGAAGAUUUUAUUUUUGCGUGUCUGCAUACGAUGAGAGAGGAUUGAUAAAUAUUUUUAAAUUACAAGGAAGAAUUUAUAUUUUUCAUUUCUCCGUUGGAAUUUGAUUACUUUUAAGUGAGUAUUCGUUUCUUGGGGGUAUGUGCAUAUAUUUGUCUCAGUUAAAGUCAAUUAUACAUUUAAUCACUUAUUUCAGAAAUAUUAGAAAAUGCAACAUGGAAUGGAAGAAAUGCAAUACUGGCACCAACGAGCCAGGGAAGAGUCAUUUGAACUUCUCCAAAGACAUCACCUACAAGGAAAAGGAAUGCAUACCGUCUUUCUACUUGAUACAUCAGCGAGCAUGGCCGGAGAGGGGUAUAGGCAAAUGAAAAGAAGUUUCCUGGACAUUAUAAAUGAAAUCGCUGAUCACAGGGAGGAAGAUGAAAACGUGGCAGUUCUGUGUUUUGGUCAAGAGGUCAAGUUUCUCCACUAUCCAUCAAACAACUAUGAAUCUGUUAGGAAGUGCGUCGAUAGAAUUGAAUGCAGGGGAAGUUCUCCUAUGGAAGCUGGAUUCCUUCUGGCCACAUCAUGUUUUCUCAAUAGAGGAAACCUUACAACGGAUAUCAUUCCAACAUCAAGAUUGAUCGUGAUAACGGAUGGUCGACCGACAGACCCUAUAGAUAUUGACAAACCCGAACCCCCGAUUGUCUCUGAAAACCCGUUUAGUACU